AUGCGAUGCGCGAGCAAGGCCGCCGAGAGCGCGUCUGCACGUCUCUGUGCGGACGCCGAAGCAGAAACCGCAGCAACUGAUGUCCCAUCGGUUGCUGAAUCGACUCAGCCUGUGUCACCUGGUGAUGCAGGCGCUGGUCAUGAAGACACGCAUGUCUUCACAGAGUACGAGCUCGGUGUCUCGUACUCUCCUGAUACGGAUGACGGAUCCGUAUCGACGGCGAUUGAAUCCAAGCCGCCUGCCAAGCGUGGCAUGGACGAUGCUUUGCGUCGCAGCAUCUUUGGUUCAUCUGAUGAGUCAGAUGAACCAUCGCCGAAGCGAAGGCGCUCGAGGUCGCGAGAGUCGGGCGCUCACAGUGGUUUCGGUUCUCCUAUGGACACCACUUCACAGCGAGGUGCCAGUACUUCUGUCGGCACUUCGCAGGAAGAGCGGGACCGCAAUGUGUUGCGUCUCGCUCCAAAAAAGAAGGCAUGGAUGCCUCCUAAAUCUGUCAUGGAUCACUUGUCGGCGACGACGAGUGAUCGUUAUCGAACACGAUUGUUCGAUUCGUCAAGGAUUCAUCACCUUGACCCCAGCGCGAAAGACUAUCGCGCUGAACAUGAGUUCUUCAUCGAUGCCUUCUUCAGACAUCGAUGGUACAGUGGGAAUCACAAACGUGAUGGUCCCUCACUACUUCAGGCGUGGAACGCCUACAUCCAUAAUCUCGAGGAUGUAGGUCGUGACGCUUGGAACGACAAACUUAUCAAAGCUCGUGAUAAGUUUGAAAAGCGAACCCCGACAGGUGCACGCUAUAAGCUGCAUCGUCUGUCAAGGGAGAAAGGAUUACCCUGCCUCUCUUGGGGAGACUCGUGCCCAUGUUGUGUGAACAACUCUGCACGAGCACCUAAGGAGGCUUACCUCCUCUACCAGCCCGUGGUGGCGCGUACGUGUCUCUACUGA